CUUCGUGGAUUGCAGCUCACACCACGGGUUCAUGCUGCUGUGAAGCACUCCAGGCUCCCUCUCCGCUCCUGCGAUCAAUGGGCCGCAUUCCUGCCAACGCCCCGCAGUCGAGCACCACGUGUCCUCCCAACGCUACAAAUCUACCUUGCUCGCCAUGAGUGCGCGGUAGCUAGCGACCAUCCUUCGAAGAUGCUGCGAAUGCUCGAGGCCCAGGCGCCGGCCAAACAAACCGCCACCGAUACCAUCAGCACGCUGAGCAGUCGCCUCGCCAGUGCACCUCUCCUCGAAGACCGCCGGGCUGCGAUAUUAGGGCUGCGCAGUUUUGCAAAAGAAUAUCCGGCGUCGGUCGCUUCCGGAGCCCUUCGCGGGCUGAUUGCAUGCCUGACAAAGGACUCUGACGAUGUGGACACUAUCAAAGUGGUGCUGGAGACGCUGCUCAUGCUCUUCAACCCUAAUGAGCAUAGCCCGGAAGCCUCAGAUGAGAUAGCCUUGUGGCUGGCGGAUGAGUUUACACAGCGGCAAGAUAACAUAACCAUCCUCCUCGAUCUCCUCGAAACGCCCGAAUUCUACUCCCGCCUAUAUGUCCUGCAGCUUCUACGCGCAAUCUUUAGCGCACGGCCGGAAAGGACGCAAGAAUGCAUCCUCACGGCACCCCUGGGCACACCUCGACUGGUAGCAACCCUGGACGACCCACGAGAACCUGUACGCAAUGAAGGUAUCGUUCUUCUUACCGACCUGUCGCACGCGUCGGCCGAGCUCCAGAAGCUCUUUGUCUUCGAAAAUGCAUUCGAGAAGGUCUUCAAUAUGAUGCUGGAGGACGGCGGCCUCGCCCAAGGAGGCAUUGUCGUCCAGGACCGCCUCUCACUGUUGGCCAACCUCGUGCGAUUCAACGCCUCGAAUCAAACUACAUUCAGAGAGACUGGAGGAGUCGCUAGGUUCGCCUCGCUGCUACCAGGUGCGAAGAAGCAGAAGCCGGCGCGGACUAGCACAGACGACGAUGACUGGGUUAGCCCCCAUGCUGAUAAGAAUGUCUGGGGUCUUCUGGCAAUAUUACGCAUGUUCCUUGUCAAGGGUAGCACGAGCACCCUGCCCAACCAGAACGCGUUCCAGAAGCAUGGCCUCCUCCAGCAGGUCCUGAACAUGGCGUUCGACCCCUCAUCAGCAAUACCUAUCAAAGUCGAAGCUCUGAACACAUGCGCGGAUUUGAUCAGGGGCAACGCUCGGUUACAAGAGGGAUUUGCGCAGCUGCAGGUACGGCCCUUCGUUGAGCCCAUUGCAAAUGGCGCCACUUCACCGAACGAUAUCACGACCGUAUAUGUUAUCGACGCUCUUCUGGACCUAGCUCUUACGCCGGCUGCGAACGAGCUCUUCGAUGUGCGGUUUGCGGCAUGCGAGUGCAUUAAAGCUUACUUCUUCAACCACAUGCAAAUUCGGUUACAUUUCCUCAGAAGGGCUAUCGCUGGGCAUAUUGAUGGCGAUGAGACAGCGAAUGCGUUGACCACGUUGCUUGCUGGCCCACAAGGCUCGCAGACGAUUGAUCCAUAUCGGACGUGGUUUGCCGCGACUCUCAUAUUUCAUCUCAUUUUCGAAGACCGCGAAGCAAAGAACGUCUUGAUGCAAGUGACUGAGGGCAACGCGGAAAAUGGAGAGGAAGUCGUCACUUGCAUUCAGACUCUGACGGGAAUUUUGAUCGCAAGUCUGCAGCUAGGGGAAGACGAAAGGAUACCCAUCGCGUACCUGAUGCUCCUGUCAGGCUGGUUAUUCGAGGAUGCGGCAGCCGUCAACGACUUUCUGGGGGAAGCAAGCAGCCUCCAAAGUCUUGUGCAAGCUGCGCAGAAGCCGGGCAACGAGUUUGUUGUUGUGCGUGGUCUCUGCGCCGCACUCCUUGGCAUCAUCUACGAAUUCUCGACCAAGGAUUCCCCUGUACCGCGGCGAGAGCUGCAGCCUGUUCUUACUACGAAGCUGGGGCGCGAGAAGUAUCUGAAUGCCAUUGCAGAGCUACGUCAUCAUCCCCUUAUCCGGGAUUUCGAAGUGCUCCCACAGGGUGGCUCGGCCGGCGGGAAUCUACCCGACGUUUUCUUCGAUGAGAUCUUCGUAGACUUCCUCAAAGACAACUUCAGUCGACUAUCACGCGCGAUCGACCGCGAUCCAGUUAUUGAGAUCCAUCAGUCCGUCGGCGGCAUUGAUCGUGACUUGGUGGACUCCUUACGUGGUCAACUCGACGAGAAAAACCAGACCAUCGAGAAAAUUCAGGGCGAGCUCCUCACCACGGAGCAGAGACUCAACCAGGAGCAGGCCGAUCAUCGGAGAACCCAAGAGUCGUCCGUUACGCAGCUGAAUACCAUCAAGAAGAUCAAUGACGACCUACAUAGGAAUCACGAAAAUGAUAUUAGAAAGCUCGAGCGUGAGCACAAGCAGGCCAUCCUGGAGCUCGAGAACAAGCACAACCUCCAAGGCGCGGCUCUAAACAAUAAGUUGCAACAGGCCGUGAAGGAGUCCAGCCUAGCUGUUGCGAAAGUCAAACAGGAGUAUGAUGAGCGGCUGGCCGAAUCGGCGCGCGCUCGCGGCGAUUUAGAACGGCGACUUAGUUCGUCGGACCGUGCACGGCAGGAGGCGCUAGAAACUGUGCGUGGUCUUGAGCAGACUCAGCGGCGCACGCGGGACGAAAUUGCGACCAUCCACCAGACAAUCGCUAACUACAAGUCCGCAGGCAACCUCCAGACCCAUCUUCGUGACAGCGAGGCCCGGAUCAAGCAGCUCGAGGACGAGAAAGAUGCUCUGCAGGGCACUGUCACAAAAUUGAAAGAGGAAAACCAGGAUCUCAAGACGAAGCUGCAGGAUCAGACAUGGAAGGUCAAGGAUGCGGAGGAGAAGCUGCGAAAAGCCGAGGCAAGUGUCCAAGAGAAGGAGGCGGCCAGGGCUGCCGCCCAGACAGAACUGGAUGAUUUCUUGCUCGUCCUCGGAGACCUUGAGGAGAAGAGGACCAGGGACAAGAAACGGCUCAAAGAGCUGGGUGAGGAGAUCUCCGAUGCAGAAGAUGAAGAUGAAGGUGAGGAGGAAGGGGAGGGCGAAGAAGAAGACGAAGAGUAGUACCAUCACCUUUCUGUGCUUCGGCCCUUGCAUCGCUAAAUCGCAUGCGGGCCAUCCCCACUACAUAGAUGGAUACCCUUAGUAUUUGCCAGCUUCUACCACG